AUCACAUUUCACCUGUAGAGACAGGUUAUUGGAGUUUUAGAGCUGAAUACGCUUCUACUUGGACAAGAAAGAAAGAAAGAAAUGGAACUCAACGGUGUUUUAAGUGAUCAUCAGAUUGAUGCUCUUUCAACUGAGUACUUGGUGUUACUCACUCCAAGUUUGAUUGGGAGCUUUUCUGUCCUGGUGGUUUCUCUGGUGAGAUGGAGACAGCUAAAAGAACAGGUGCACAUCCUGGUGCAGCUCGCCCUGGCAGACUUCCUCGCUGCUCUGAUCCUCAUGACCACUAGUGUAUUGAACAAAGUUAGCACUGAAAGUGGUGUAAAGAUCUGCCAAUACUUCCUGCCCCUUUCGCUGACAUUUUAUUUCAUUUCAUUUCUGCUGGUGAUGGUCUACGCUUGGAAAUCCAGGAGUCCAAUCCAAGGGUGGAGAACAAGACCAACAGAACACGCGGGAACUCAGAGUCAGUGUAGAAGGAAUAUGGUGGCUAUACUUGUAUAUGCCACAGUGUGGUUAUUGCCCAUUAUAAUGUACUCAGUAUACGUGCUAACCCCCUUCAUGACGACAGCUGAGCUCACUCCAGCAGGUGACGUCUUGAUCAUCCAUAAUGAUAGCCAAUACUGCACCAGCUGUAUUUUGUUCUUGCAUGUCUGGAGGGAUUCCUGUUCUCAUCCUGAGGACAUCCACGAUUCCAUUGUCGGAGUUUGUCUUUUCCUAAUUGUGAUAACAGUGCUGAUGUCUUGCUCUAUUAUUUACUAUGAUAUUAGUAAAUGGUAUGAAACACAAAAGCACGAGGGACUUUUCCCCCCAGAGGGAGAUGCACGUUCAAGAAGGAGAAUCAAAAGAGUGUUUUCUACAGCUAGAAAUAUGGUCAUGGUCAUCUUAUUCUGCUGGGCACCAGCUCUGAUCCUCAUUCUCCUGUCCUGCCUGAUGUUGUGGACUAACAUCGAACAACGCAGCCUGUUUUUCCUUUAUGUGAUUCAGGCUGCCAGUUUGUCCCUUCAGGGCUUCCUUAACAGUAUGGUUUAUGCUUGGGGAAGGCCGAACUUCACUGAAGCUGUUCUCGGGGAGAACACACCUUUAGUGGCACAGAACCGCCUAGCCUUCUUUGAUGAAUCGCUGAGGAGCUCGUCUUGUUGACGUUAAAUGCACUGAGAGACAAUAUUGUGCUGUGGCACAACAAAGCAGACUGAAAAGACAAUCUUAUUGACUUCAGCAAAGUCAGGACUGAAAUAUAAAACGUCCUUGUUUUAGACUGAAGAUAAAGAAAAAAGGAUAAGCGAAACACAAAUCAAACAAGCAAUGAGCGAGUUUUUUUUAUUGCAGCAGCUGAUUUUUUUAUGACGAUGUUGAAGUGCAUAGGUUCAUAUUUCAGUGUCGUUGAGGACAACCAGGAUAAAUGCAUGAAUUUAUGUUUUUAUGCAUUUAAUCCUGUAAAUGUACCUUUCUUUUUUUUUUUAUCAAAAACAACUUGCAUGAAUUCUAUUAUGUUAUUUAUUUGUAUUGGCAGAUUAGGUGCUACCAUGACUUGUUAUCCAACUGUCAGUGCUGUUUUUGAUGAAAGAAAUGUGGAGAAACUUGUCAGGCUUUGCAUAUUUUGCAGUCUUUGCUGUGUCAUGGUAUAGUAGCACGUGUUCUCUGAUAACACAGAGUUCAGUCUCAGGAGCAUACAGUAUGUGCUAAACAGUUCAGUAUGUGCUGGAGCAAAAGUAAAGGCGGAGACAUUACACACCGAGUAAGGUUUAUUGGCUCAAAGAGGACUGCACCCUCAUGUUCUAAUAUCUUGAACUCGUUCACGUUUUAACAUGUGUCUGGAGGGCGAGCUGUUAUGUAUUACGGCAUGCCAGCCAACCUGUUAGUGCUUAUGUAAGUGCUCACCUGAGUCACUCAUUUCUGUGCUGCACUGCUAAAACUAAAUUUGAUGUUUCGUUAUAGUUAUGCCUUUAUUUGUGGCCAUGUAGUCACCUGCAUGGGAAUGAUAAACACAAAACAAAAUAAGGCUUGUUAGAGUUUCAAAUAUUGUAUGUCUGUAAAAAAAACAACAUUUUGCCAUGACGAUGUUUUAUUUAUCCUCAGAAGCUGUUUUUACUCCCAUUGUUUUACCUUUUAUUCAAGGAAGGAAUAAGGAACAUCUGUUUUAUGAUGAUAUGGUUUUAUCACAGAUUCAAAUGAUUUUAUAUUUACUGUAAUAAAAUCCAAGUACACACCUACA